AUGAGUGAUAUUUUAGUUAAAAAACUAAAUAAUUCUUGUUUAAUUGUUCUAUAUACUGCAGGUGCUGGAGCAUAAGCUUUAAAUCAUUUCACACUUCAUCCAGGUUCAUCAAAAUAUGCAUUAGAGUCAUCCAGUUUUUAUGCAAAAGGGAGUUUAGAAAUACUUUUAAACAGAAAUAUUGAAAAAUAUGUUACAGAACAAGUAGCAGAAGAUAUGGCACUUAAAGCUUUAAUAAGAUCUCAUGAGAUUUUAAGCUAAGAAAAUAAUAUUGAUAAGUAUAAUUUCUUUUCUAUUAAGAUUUAAUACUACUUUAGGAAUAGGAAUUACUGCAGCUAUUAGAUCUGUAAAUGAAAGAUAGGGAAAACAUCAUGCAUUUAUUAGUUUAAAUUAUGGAAUUAAAAAAUAUACUUAUUAUUUAGAUUUGGUAAAAUAUGUAAGAACAAGAGAAGAAGAGGAUCAAUUCAUUUCUGAUAUUUUAUUUAAAUUAAUAAUUAGACAUUCAUCUUAAUAAUAAGAUGAGGAAUAAGAAUUAGUAGAUAAAAUUGAAAUUUUAGAAAAUGCUACUAUUAUAUUAAAAAUUAAAGAAUCAAAGAUGAACUAAAACUUAAUUAAAUCAUUACAAAAUCAAACAGGUAUACUAAACUCUAUUUUAAUAAAUGCUAAUCAAUAUCAAUUAAAUCCAAUUGUUUAAGAUGCCAUAAUAUUAAGUGGUUCAUUUAAUCCAAUUCAUACUGGGCAUAUUGAAUUAGCUAAAAUGGCAUAAACAUUAUUGGGAUUGCCAAAUGUUUAUUAUGAAUUAUCUAUUAAAAAUGCUGAUAAAUAAGAUAUCACUAUCUAAGAUGUAGAAAAGAGAAUAGAGUUGAUGAAAAAGUACAAUUUAAAUAUCAUAUUAUCUAAUAAAGCAUUUUUUAAAGAUAAAAAUGUAUUUUUAAAGAAUGGAGCUUUUGCUAUUGGAAUAGAUACAUAUAAAAGACUUGUUGAUGUUAAAUAUUAUAAUAAUUCUAUUCAAGAAAGAGAUCUUUCUCUUUUUUUGUUUUUACAAAAUAAUAAUAAGAUUAUAGUAGCACCUAGAUACAAUGAAAUAACAUAAAAAUUAGAAUCCUUAAAUGAUUAUGAAAUUCCAAAAAUAUUUGAAAAGAAUGUAAUAGAAUUGAAAGAAUUUAGAAAUGAUAUUUCUUCAACAAAAAUAAGAGAAAAUGAAGGCAAUUGA